AAAUACCCAAACAACACUUCGCUAUUCUCCUCUUAUAUUCCAGAGUCUUUGAUUUUUGUCUUUACUUCACUCUCUUUUCUUGUUCUUGUUCAAAGUUCAAACCGGUUUUAGUUGUAUUAUGUCUUCAAUUCUUUCAUCUUUGUUUCUUCUUCUAAUUUCUGCGUCACGCAUAUGCUCGCUUCGUAAUUUCAAUUUAUAUAAGUAGAGCUAGCGCCGGGCAUCACAGACAAUUGAACAAACGUGGAAGCAGCACAAGAGAAAGAGAGACACGAAUUCCAAAGAAGAAUGGAGGUGACGGAGAACAGUGUUGGAGCCAUAGAUGGACCAACGAAUCCCAUGGUCACUCCUCUGCUCACGGAUCUCUAUCAAUUCACCAUGGCUUACGCUUACUGGAAAGCUGGCAAGCAUCAAGAACGUGCUGUGUUUGAUUUUUUUUUUCGGAAGAAUCCAUUUGGUGGAGAGUAUACUGUCUUUGCUGGUUUGGAGGAAUGCAUCAGGUUCAUUGCUAAUUUCAGACUCACAGAGGAUGAGAUCAAUUUUAUCAGGGAAAGUUUACCUGGUUCGUGUGAGGAUGGAUUCUUUGAUUAUCUCAGAGGAAUUGACUGUUCUGAUGUUGAGUUGUAUGCUAUUCCUGAGGGAUCUGUUGUUUUUCCUAAGAUACCCCUGUUGCGAGUUGAAGGUCCAAUUGCCGUGGUUCAAUUGCUAGAAACACCAUUUGUGAAUCUUAUUAAUUAUGCAUCAUUAGUUUCUACAAAUGCCGCAAGACACCGUAAUGUUGCUGGAAAAUCCAAAACUCUACUUGAAUUUGGACUACGAAGGGCUCAGGGUCCUGAUGGGGGAUUAAGUGCAUCAAAGUACUGCUAUAUCGGUGGAUUUGAUGCAACCAGUGGUCAAGUUCAUUGCAUGGCAUUUUUGGUGAGACCAAUCAAAGCGAGUUGGCAGCAUUCAUAUCAUAUGCACUGGCAUUUCCAGAUAGCUUUCUUGCCCUUGUGGAUACAUACGAUGUCAUGAGAAGUGGAAUCCCUAAUUUUUGUGCAGUAGCGUUAGCUCUCCAGGAUUUAGGAUACAAAGCUGUAGGCAUUAGAUUGGACUCUGGUGACCUUGCAUAUUUGUCUUGUGAGGCAAGGAAGUUCUUUUGCUCCAUUGAGAAGGAAUUUGCAGUGCCUGAAUUUGGGAAGAUGGCUAUCACUGCUAGUAAUGACCUCAAUGAGGAAACUAUAGAUGCUUUAAACAAACAGGGUCAUGAGGUCGAUGCCUUUGGAAUUGGUACAUACCUGGUCACAUGUUAUGCUCAAGCUGCUUUAGGUGUAGUUUUCAAGUUGGUUGACAUAAAUAAUCAGCCUCGUAUCAAACUUUCUGAAGAUGUGUCGAAGGUCUCUAUUCCAUGUAAGAAACGAAGCUAUAGGUUGUAUGGUAAAGAAGGUUAUCCCCUGGUAGACAUCAUGACUGGGGAAAACGAACCAUCUCCUAAGGUGGGAGAAAGGAUCCUGUGCCGUCAUCCCUUCCAAGAAUCCAAGAGAGCAUAUGUGGUGCCACAGCAAGUUGAGGAGCUUCUAAGGUGCUACUGGCCUGGUAAUUCAGAUAAAAGACGGGAAACUUUGCCAACUCUAAGGGACAUUAGGGAGCGAUGCAUCCAGCAACUCGAACAAAUGCGACCUGAUCACAUGAGGAGGCUUAAUCCAACUCCAUACAAGGUUAGUGUAAGUGCAAAGUUAUAUGACUUCAUUCAUUUCUUGUGGCUCAAUGAGGCACCGGUUGGGGAGUUGCAGUAAUAAUAAAGAAAAUAAAGUAGCAUAUUAUGAGAACCUAAUAAUUUGGGCAAAGAGGAUUUCAGUAAAAGAAAUUCCUGUCAUCCAGUAUAGCAUAGAUUCAAUGUGUUUUUACUUUUUAACUGUAUUUUAAAUUGUAAAGGAGUAAUUAUUUUUUUUUCCAGCCCUAAUAAUCUAUCUUUACCUUUGACCGCAAUGUUAAUUCAUGACUUAAAGUUACAUUGUUGGCAUUUUUCUGUUGAAAUAUAAAAAGUACAGUGCGGAGAGCGUGAUAU